GCUCACCAUGGCAGAUCCUCCAGGUAGCCCGGGUGCCGAAGCUGGCGAUGGCCGCAUUAGCAUGGUGCCGCCUUGUCGGCUCAUCGUGCGUGCCACUGCUGGGGCGCGGGUGAUUGGAAAGCAGGGCGCUAAUAUCAAGGCCAUCCGCGCUUCCGCGGGCGCGCACGCGGUGCGCGUCUUGCAAGACGAGUUGCCUGAAGCCUUGAAGCGACGCCAGGAGUGCAUCAUCAUGAUCUCCUGUGGUGAAGAAUCCACCCUGAGACAGGCUGUGUCGAUGGUCUUGGAUCGCGUCUUCGAUCGCUCGGGUCUCCCCGACACGGCGGACCGGGACCGCGAGCGGCCGCACGUCUUGGAUCUCAUCGUGCCGGAGCGUGCAGGCGGUGGCAUCGUGGGUCAAGGUGGCGAGCGCAUCCGCGCCAUCAUCGAGGAGCUGGGCUGCGAGGUCCAGGUCUCACGGGAGCCGCUGGCGGGGAUCGCGGGACACAAACGCGUGAAGCUCUUGGCCAAAGAUCGGAACCCCAUCGAGGCGGCCCUAUGGCGACUGCAGGGGACCCUCAAGGAGUUGGUGGCAGCCGAGGUCCUCAGCUCGGAGCAUUUCGAGCUGCGGGAAGCGCUGCCCAGCGAAGCGGAAGCUGCCAUGAACCGAGCCAAGAUGGAAGCGGAAGCCAUCGGAAAGGGCGAAGUGCCCUUGCGCGUACUGCUGGCGCAGGGUGAAGCUGCGACGGUGGUCGGAAAGUUAGGAGCCAACGUGGCGCGUUUGAGGGAUUUAGCCUUGGUAUCCAUCGAUGAUGCUGAGAACCCGCCCUUCGAUGAAACUGAGCGAAUCUGCUCAGCCGCCAAGGCAACACUCGCGCAACGGCUUCGGGCCUUAAGAUUGAUCUUGGGCGAUUUGGCGACGCGCAACGCGGCCAUUGCCCGGGAGGAGAGCGUCACGGGCGAACCUGUGGGCGGUGGCGAUGCUGCGGAAGGGAUGAGACAAGUGCAGGUGCGGUUGCUGUUCCCUGCCGAGCGGUGGAGCGAACUGGACCCAGCGCUGCAAACGGAGCAGAGCACCUUUCCGGAGGUGAAGAUUGAGGUACAGGAGCCACAGGUAGUGUUUGGCCAGCCAGCCUCAUUGAGAGCCAUCAGUUUGGAGGGCCCUGAGGAGGCCGUGGCGUUGUGCGGCUGGCGCCUCCACCGCGCCCUGGAACCCUGGGAGAUCGCGGAGCCGCCACCGCGGGUGGAGGAGGAAGGCGACGAACGGCCCAAGGGCCGUGGCAAAGGAAAGGCCAAAGGACCACCAGGUGCUGCGCAGGCACCGCAGGCACCGCAGGCACCGCAGGCACCGCUCAUCUCACCGGCAACACCGGUGCAACGCCAGGUGGAGAGCGUUUCUGCGACAAGAAGUCCCGAACCUCCUGUGCCGCUUCAAUCCGCACCACUUCAGUCCCCGUCCCCACCGGUGGCGCAGACGCCGCGACCGGUGCCAGCGAUGAAUGCUGGGGCUGUCCCGUUGAAGCUGGUGCUGCGGGACUUCAGAACGGCAAGUUAUUUAGCCAGUGAAGCCAGUGGUAUUGCCAGCAAGGCGCAGGUGAAGCUGUUUGCUCUGGAAGCCACCACUGCAGCUCCCGCCAUUCUGGAGAUCCAUGGGCCCCUGGACCGUGCAGCUGCUGCCUGUUACUUUGUGCAGAUGCAGUUGUGGCUGGAAGGGGCGCUGGGGGUCCCCAGCAAGGAGAGAUAGCGCCGGCGCGCCGGCUUGGAGCAAAA